CAUGGUGCUCUCCGCCCUUGGGUGAAUUGUUAUGUAUUCAUUCAACAUGACGAUGCUGCUGCUCCGCUAUGAAAUUGUAGGCCUAGUGGCCGCUUGCAUAUCACCUGUUCCGUGGGAGUCCACGUGCAUAACAAAUUGAGAAAGGAAUCGGGUUGCUUAACAUGACCACCAGGACAUGGCUUUAUGGCCAGUCGAAAGGAAACGAAAUAACCUCCUGCAACUGCUCUCUCCCGAACAUCCUCGAACUUACACAUUGCUUACAGCCACUCGAGGCUGUGAUUGCCCACCAAUUCAAAUAUGUGUGAGCAAAGUCUUUCUCCAAGUUCAUGGAUGCAGCUAGACAUCGUAUUGAUUUCAUCGAAUCUUUAUUCUUUAGGCAACAGGUAGCAUGUAGGUCAAGUUCUGGUGGGGGUAUCAGUGCUUGUCCGACCAUGAAGGGUGUAGACGCUAUGUUGAAGUUCUUCCCAGGAGAUUUUGCACGUUGCGUUGAAUAUGAAUCGUUGGAAUCUCAGAUUUUUCGAUGAUAUUCUCCUCUGGGUCGUUUUUUCCUUUUUUGUUCUGCUCGGACUUCUUCUUGUGAACGUGCUGAAGGGCUGGAAAUCGCUGUUCUUGUUUGAUAAAGCAAGUGAACAGCAUGGGGUUUGUUUAUGAUCAUAUGAGGGUGUGGAUUUAGAAGCUUUUAGCGUUUGGGAGCGUGUUUCGGAUAUUUGGUUGGAGGGUGGAUUUCUCUCGGCCUCGUAGCUUUCGUUAGAGAUGGUAAGGUUGGGGAGUAUGAGCAGGGCGAAGUUUUAGGGUUUCUGGAGGGAAAGUGGAAUUUGCCAUGGACAAAAGGGAUGGGCACCUCGUGCAGCGGAAGUAUGGGGUGCUGAAAAAGAAAAAAAGAGUGGAAGAAAUGAGGCUUGUUCAAGAGCCUUUUCUUCCUGUCGUUGCACCUCGUCACGGGGUGUUGAAGAAGAGGAAGCAGAAGAUGGUGGAGGUUGGGCAUAUUGAGGCGCACCCAAUUCCAAUUCUUGAAUCACCCCCGUCAAUUUAUGAUUCAACCCCAGCCCCAGCCUAUGAUCUCCCGCGCUCGGGUUUGUUGAAGAAGCGGAAGAUGAGGAUGGCGAAUCCUCCGAGGACCAAUCUUGUGCUGAGAGUGGAUGAUUCUGCCACGGAAUCCGAAGGAGAUGGCAAUGCGCGCGAGGUAACUGUUGCGACAGCGGCGCCACCCGCAACAGUUCCGAAAAAGGAGGCCCGUGCGAAGGGUGUGUUGAAGUUGAAAUCUAUUAAUCACGAGGGCCUUGUCAAGAAUGAAUUCACUCCACCUCCUGAGCAUCAUCCCGUGGUGGAGGUACAGCAGCCAAAAGCUGGUGAUAGGAGAAAAACAAUGAUCAAAGAACUUGCAGCAUCCUAUCGGAACGAUUGCCAAACCUACUGCAGGCAGCUUUUGCAAUUACAGCGUCAAUGGAGAGAGCAAGAAAUACCAAUUCUUCCUCAAGCACCAGCAGAAACUGAAAACACUCGAAGGGGAUCAGCGUCCAAGAAGGAUGGACGUAGAGGAGGCGCAGCUCGCUCCCGUAGAUCUAAAAGAAAUCAUGAUAAUGAUGAGGGUCCACUGCAAUUGGUAAAUGGAAAGAUGCCAUUACGCAGACGUGUGGGAUGGCGAGCUAAUGAACGAGAGGCGCUCCGGCGAGGAUUGUUGAUGUUUGGUUUAGGCAGAUCUGAAAAAGUUAGGAGCAUCAUGCGAACCCUGUUGAAGCUUUCUCGGCAUGGUCUUGGUGAUAUAGCGGACUCAUGCUGGGAGUUUGUGAAAGGGUGUGGAGCCUAUGCCGAGCCCAAGGAGCGAGAGUACGCAGAGAAACGGUUGCAGGAGGCCUCGGACCAUGGAAUAGAGAUGGGGCCAGAAGUUUCCGAGAGAGUGGGCGAGUUUGACAAGGUGGGGAGGAAUGGCUCAGUCUGGUUGAAACGGUUGAAGCUCCUGGACAACCUUGCUGAUGUGGUUAGGAUUUGUGCAAAUAAGGAAACUCGAGAGGCUGCAUAUAGAGCUAUUGAUAAUCUGAGAGAUGCCAGCGUCCCUCAUGAAGCGUGGGGAAGAGAGGCGGACUUGGCUUUGCUGGCUGGAGUCUACAAGCAUGGUUUUGGGAAUUAUGAAUCUUUGCGCAAAGAUGAGCAGUUCGUAGAGGCUUUCUCAAAAGUCUUUAGCUUGCCUGAUGCUGAAGAUAGAAAUGGAGAUACAGAUCCACAAUCGUCAAGCAGAGAUAAACCAGAUUGGCCAGAUGCAAAUACUUUGACACGUAGGCUCAAGCGUCUAGUGGAUCAUAUUACCCGAGUUGGUCAACAGGCAAGUAGAGCGCCUAAGGCCUCUGAAACCCCACACGUACCACGAUCCCUUAAAUGGAGUAAAAGGGACAAGAUAGAGUUCUUUCGACAAUUGAUGCGCUGGGGUCUCCCACUGGCACCAGGGAAAGGCAAAGUUAGGUGGCAACUUCUGAUAGAAAGAUCGACCAAUGCUUCUUUGAAGAAGAGGGAUGACAGCGGUCUGGAAGCCUGUUAUCGUGAUAUUUUCAGAGAGAUGAAACAGCUCUUGGAUGGACCUGAAAGUGGCCAGGAAGAUGGGAUGGAGAGGUCCAAUGGCAAGCAGAGAAAGAGGAACGCUACAUCAAAGAGGGCUUCUGCUAAGGCUCCAACAUUUUCUAAUCUUGAGCAAUCGGCCUUUAGUCCAAAUGUGCCUCAGGAUCCAAUUGGACCGCCAGUCCUUAACGAGAAAAGCGCGGUGAGGUUGAAAGAACGAUUGGAGCUGCUUGAUACUUUGCGGCAAGUGCCAGAGACUCUUCAAGAUGAAGAUUGGGAUACUUUAGGCCUCUCCUUACAUCAUGGUCAUGAUAUGCCAGCUUGGUGGGAGGCUGGUUACCAUGAUAAUGCAUUGGUCAAGGGAGUGCUGGAGUAUGGAUAUGGAUCUUGGGAUGAUAUUUUUGCUGAUGAAAACUUGGGAUUCCCUGAUGAUAUUGUUGUGAGGGACUCCGAAGAUGGAGCAGCGGCGUUAGCCAAACCAUCUUCUAAGGCAUGCAUAAAAAGGGUGAAGUUUAUUGUGAAUAAUUUGCGGCGUUAUCUACGCAAACUCAAGGUGCAGCAACCGCCUCGGAGGAAAAAGUCAACUCCUGAAGUAAAGGAGCCAAAGGAGGUAAAGCGUUUCAAAUAUGCUCGUGCAGUGGAGGUUGCUCGGGAUUCAUCCAGUAAACCUAUUUUACCACUGAUUUUGACUGACCGUCUGACGCUUACAAACCUUGGAAGAAUCGAGCCAGAUAGGCCAGGGUUCCACACCGAACGUCAUAUUUUUCCAAUUGGCUUCACCACUCUCCGAGAACAUGCCAGCAUGAUUGACCCAAAUGGACGGACAACAUAUACUUGCACUAUUAUUGAUACUGGAGGUCCUGGGCCUAUUUUUCGUGUUUACCCGGAAGAUGAUCCUAACUUACUGAUAGAAAGGGACUCCGCCUCAGGCGCAUGGGUUGUUGUAUGUGCUCAAGUUAACCAAGUGAGGGGCAUUGAACGUGACAAAGUCACUGUUAGUGGAACGGACAUGUUUGGUCUGUCCCAUCCAGAAGUGUGUCGUUUGAUUCAAGAGCUGCCUGGAGCAGAACUGUGUAAAAAUUUUCGUCCUGAGUUAUCCUUUUCAAGAUUUGGCACACAAGUGGUAACAAGACCAACUAUUGAAGAUUCUAGCUUAUUACUGGACAGUGUAUUGGGUAGGUCUGCUCAAUUAGCUCCAGAUUCAGAUGUGGAGGAAGCGGAUGAAGGCGGUAGUUAUAGGGAUGAAAUUCCAACAUCAGCUUGGCAUGUCAAUACAGUUGAACCAAGAACUGGAAAGACCCUCAUUCGCCCACCAGCUGACCAAUCCUUGGAAUAUGAAGAGGGAGAUGAAGAGGAAGAAGAUGAAGAGAAUGACGACAAUGACGAGGACAACAAUGAAGACAACAAUGGCUAUGGAGAGAGCACAGAUGAGGAUGACUAAUAACGAGUUUCCAAAUCAAUGGUGAAAACAGGCUCAUACCUGGACAGAAAGCUCUGAUUUAGGCAGCCGCAAAAUCUUUCAUACAAGUAGGUUGCCUCAGUGAUGAAUGACUUGAUGAGAGUUUUUGGGUUCAUGAAUACAAGAGGAAAAGCCUGGAUUGAACCACGAACUAUAUUUGCAGAAUAAGGUACCAAAAAUGUUACAACUCA